AUGUCACGAGCUCGAUUCUACUUCCUCGGCGCCCGGAAUGGCGUUGUUCAUAUCCAAAGGCUAGCCCGUGGAAUGUUAGAUAGGCGCAGCUACGAACAAGUGCGCAUUGCGGUGGUCUUGAUGCAGAAAGCCUAUCGCAGCAGGAAGAGCAAUCUAGCAUUCGUGCAGCAACGGUCGGCUUUACUCGCAAUCCAUCGGUGUGAGAGAAAUUGGAUUGGACUUGGCCGACGGAAACGCCUUCGAAAUGCCGCUGCUGCUCAAAUCCAGAAGCGGUGGAGAUCAUGGACAUACCUGCGUGCCCGAGUUUUCGUGAAACGAAAAGCCAUCAUUGUCCAAUCUGCUAUUAGGGCGUUCUUAGCAAGAAGGGCGGCUGACCAACGAAGGAAGGCUGUUGCAUCUAUUCAAGCCUGCUUGCGGCGGUAUUCUUUGAAGAGGCGUCAAGCUUGUCGCGAGGCUUCAGCUUCAGUGAUAAUACAAAAGGCUUGGUCAGAAUGGGCGAAGCGCAGGAUUCGGUCCGCGACAGCUAUUCAGAAACCAGUUCGUAUCUUCCUUGGUCGCUCGUUGGUCCGACGGAAUGUCAUUGCUGCAAUCGUUGUGCAAUCGGCUUUUAGGAUGUGGUCUCAACAACGACGACUUUCUGCUUCCAGACAAGCUGCAUUGAUGAUCCAACGAGUCACGAAAGGAUUCAGCGUCAGGAACCGAAGGAGGCUAGUGCAGGGAUCAAUUGUCCUGUUGGAAUCCUCGAUUCGAGGGUGGCUGUUGAGGGUCAAGCUGCGGCAUGAAGCAUCCGCUGCAGUUGUAGUCCAAAGCACAUGGCGAACACACUCGCACCGCGUUCGGUAUCAAAACAUACAGAGAGCCUUGGUUGUGCUUCUGCGCUUUGGCAGACACAUCUUAUUGCGAAACGAGCUCCAUGACCAAUCAUCAACCGAUGGCAGGUUGCACUUGGAAAAUCAGAUCCUGCCUCGUCGAAUUCAAAGUAUGUUUCGAGGCCACCGAAUCCGACGUGAUCUUCGAAGGCGGCAAGUCGCCGCUGUAGCAUUGCAAUGCUGGUGGAGAGCCUGCAUGGAGAUGAAGCGAAAACACCAAAAAGAAGCUUUGUUUGCACUGGUCAGGCUUCAGAAUCUCUGGCGGUCCUACGAUGCUAGGAGAGCGUAUUACUACGUUAUCAUAUGUGCAUUGAGGAUCCAAAGUCAAGUUAGAGGGUACAUGGUCCGGCGGGAAGGCCAGCUUCUAGUAGGGAAAAAAGCUGCCCGUCUUAUCCAAGCCAAUGUUCGAAGGUGGCUUGCCAGGAAUCAGGUUCUCUGUCAGUUCCGUUGCGCGAUGGUUCUCCAGUCUUUGGUACGAAGAUCUUCUGCCAUUGCUCUAGCAGAUGCUAUGCAAAAGAGCAUCAUCAAGAUCCAAGCCUUUGCCAGGAGAUAUCUGGCAGCCUGUUUGACAGAAUCCAGGAAGAGGAGCCUCGUCAUCAUCCAAACCUGGGCCCGAUGUUGUUUAGCCAGGGCUCUGGCCUAUUCAAGGAGGAAGAGUGCCACCAAAAUCCAGUCCUUGGCAAAAAGGUAUUCAGCUGUUGCUCUAGCAGAUUCAAGGAGGAGAAGAAUCAUCCAGAUUCAGUCAUGGAUUCGUGGAUUGUUGGCAGUGGAGGGUGCCAUGACUCGGCAACAAGCUGUAGCCACCAUUCAGCGGAAUCUAAAGUCAUGGAUUGUUCGAUUGAAGCUGAGGUUGCACAUAAAGAAGAUUCUUGUUACAGCCCGUGCUUUGGUCCUAUUUCAAAGCCUAGCAAGACGCCAGCUUGUGCUGAAGGAGAUUGCAGUAAAGCAAAGGUCGGCUAUUGCAAUACAGAGUGCAUGGAGGGGGUUUGAUGCUCGGUCAUUGGUCAUGGGUAUGAUUGCCAAUGAUGCCUGCAUUUUGAUUCAGAGUUGGAUCAGAGGAUACCUUGCUCAACGAAAUGGGGUUCUCAAGAAAACCAAGACAAUUGUACCAAUCCAAAAUAUGGUCAGGAGAUAUCUAGCAAUUUUACUUGCAGAAGCCAGGAAGGAGAGUGUUGUUGCCAUCCAGACCUGGGCCCGGAAAUGCUUGGCAGUGGCUCUGGCAGAUUCGAGGAGGAAGAGCGUCAUUCAGAUCCAAUCUCUGGCUCGAAAGUCCUUGGCAGUUGAAGCUGCCAUGAGUAGGCAACAAGCUGUGGCCAUCAUUCAGUGCAAUCUGAAGUCUAUGUUUGUCCGGUUAAAGCUAAAACUUGGCUUGGCCAGGGUUCGUGCUACAGCCCGCGCUUUUGUACUAUUCCAAAGCCUGGCAAGGCGCCAUCUUGUGCUGAAGGAGAUUGCAGUAAAGCAAAGGUCGGCUAUUGCAAUUCAGAGUGCAUGGAGAGGGUUUGAUGCUCGAUCAUUGGUCAUGGGUAUGAUUGCCAAUGAUGCCUGCAUUUUGAUUCAGAGUUGGAUCAGAGGAUACCUUGUUCAACGAAAUGGGGCUCUCAAGCACAGUAAGUUGGCUUCUCUUCGAAUCCAAAAGGCUGUUAGGUGUUUCUUUGCGAAGGGCCUGUUUUUGGCUAUGCGAGAAGCAGCUAUCAGGAUUCAAUGCCUGGCAAGAGUGUUGUCUGCUAAAGCUAAAGUCAAUACCAGGAGAGUGGCUAUAGCAACUAUUCACCGCAACAUGUGUGUCAUGGUUACCAAACUCCGGUUGGAACGAGGGUUGUCCAUGCUGAGGGCCCGGCGAGAAUCGGUCAAACUAAUCCAAAGCAAGUUUCGGCAGUAUUUGGUAUCCAACGAAGAUAUUCUGGCCAACAGGCUACAAGCGGUGGUAACUAUACAACGAGUCUGGAGAGGGUUUGUUGGAAGGGCCAUUUUCUCUCUGCUCCAAGACGAAGCUAAAGUGCUACAGUCUAUGGUUCGAAUGGGCAUGGCACGGAAACGCUUCCUGCGUCGCAGGCAUGCUGUGGGAGUCAUCCAAAAGUUUGUCCGGUCAAGACUAGCAAUACGGGAGCUGUGUCGAUUGGCAAUGCAUGAUCGGAUGCGACCACUCUUGGCCGACUUGUCGUCGCAUAUCUCUCGUAAAGAAUAUGAGAAGGCUUCCAAUGCUGCGGAGAAGGAAGUCAGGCUCUUGCUCGGCGGAGACCUUCCAACUCUGAACUCGGCGGGUAUUUGCCUGAGGCGAUUGGUAACACACGUGGCCCAGUUUCGAUUCUUGCUUGAAACGGAAAAAGAAGAACAAUCUGCAGCCUUCGAGACCUUUGAUCACGUUAAAGAUCAUUGUGCACUCUGCUCAUAA